AUGGUCUCAAACAUAUUGAGUCUUGUAUUAUGCUUAUUUGUUUUAAGCACUUUGCAUCUAACAUCCUCAGCUCAAAAAUGCAAAGAAUACAAAUUCCCUAACAACAAAGUUUAUGGUAAUUGUAGUGAUCUUCCUCAUUUGUCCUCAUUUUUACAUUGGAAUUAUUCAAAUGGGGUUUUGGAAGUAGCAUAUAGACGCACAGAAAUCACAUCAAAUAGGUGGGUUUCAUGGGCUUUAAACCCUAAUAAUAAAAUCGACAAAGCCAUGAUUGGAGCACAAGCUUUUGUAGCUAUUCUUCAAUCCAAUGGUUCCAUAAAGGCAUAUACUACAGUCAUUGAAGGUGGCUAUAACACACAUUUGGAAGAGGGGGACGUUUUCUAUCCAGGGGGUGACAAUAACAUUAAAGUUAACUAUCAAAAUAAUGAAGUGGUAAUUUAUACAGAAGUUAGAAUUAUUCCUGUUGGUUCAAAAUUUGUGGUUCACACUUGGCAAGAUGGUCCUCUUUUGGAUUCUAUACCUCAAAAGCAUGACCUAGCUUAUGCUAAUCUCAAUUCUAAGGGGAUCUUGAAUUUGGGUUGA